UGGUCAAAUUGAAUUGAACUUUCCUGUUGUAUAUGUACAAUCAUCCAAUCUUUUGUAUAUUUCAAUCAUUCACAUAUAUGAUCCCUUCAGAUCAUCAAUCGCUUUAUCUUUACAUAAACUGGGUGAGAUCUUCAGGGUCAUUAUACAAGCAUCUUACCCCACACUUUCGUUCCUGCAGCCCCCAAAAUACUAGCUUCAUACAUUGUUAGUUGAUGUUGGUUGUUGUUGUUGUUCACAAGGAAACUCAACCUUAAUACCUUCCUUUCUCAUAUUACUUUACAUCCCGUCCAUCACACUUAAUCUUUAGCCUUGGAUUGAUUUGAGCCUGGUCAAGUAGUACCGGCACACACAAUACUAUAGCCGUCAUGUUGUAAGUGUCGCAUUCGAAUUUAUCCAGAGUGUGCAUCGAAUGAACUCGUGCCGAGAUUACCAAUGGGUGUUGCAUUGUGUCGCAUAGCUGAUGAUGAAGAUAGUGUGUUACCCCCACCGCCGCGAUAUCCAUCGCAGGCAGCGUAUAAUCUGGCUGUUCAAAAUGGGAUGGCUGCGCCGAUGAUAGAGACGAAUAACCUUCUCAAGCACCCUGAGGGACUACAAUUGCUUGCUGGUGAAGGUGAGCUUCCAAUCGCGAAUGUCUAGCCACUCAAUGCUCAGAUCAUCUCUUAUAGGGACAUACUUGCUGCAGGACGACCUACAUCUUGCGACACCUCCUCCACAUCCCUCCGAAACCCCGAAUUUAAAUCCAAAUCCACUAUCUACAGCUCCACAAGCUGCAACGGCUGGGACGAAACUCUCUCUCCUUUCCUUUAGCACGAAGCCUUCCGCACCCCUUUUAUACAGGCUCGAUACGAACAAAAGUUCCAGGACGGGAUUGGCUCAAUCGAGUAUACAGGAACAUCCAUACGAAAAUCGCAAUUCUUCUGAGGUACCUGGAAGUAGUGAUGGUGGAGGGACUUCAGUCAAUGGUAGUGCAAGAGUUUCGCCUUCAAUUGGAUCUGCACCGGCGUUCGGAGAGGGAAAUUCGUUGUUGUCAUUUACAGGUAAAGAUACUGGAAAACGUCGCAAACCAAAGAGUGGUAUUUUGAAGAGUAAUUCUUCAUUUAUUUCACGAUGCAUCGUACAUGAAAAUUUGGUCAAAAGGCUGCAGGAUCGUCCAAUUGAUGGAUAUUUCGCGUUUGCAAACAUCAAUCGGGCUUUUCAGUGGCUUGAUUUGUCUUCUCCAAAUAAAGUGAGUUCUGUCGCAAUUAUGGGAAUUCAUGGAAUAUCAAAUGCUCAUAACAAUAACAGCAAGAUCAUCUCCUCAAAAUUCUUUUUACCAAAGCCCAUUGCCUUUGUCAUGAUGUCAAUCAAGUCACUAAAGGUCCAAAUCAUAUAGACAUUAUAAUGGGAUUUUCAACUGGCGAAAUUAUCUGGUUUGAGCCUUUCACACAAAAAUAUUCAAGGUUGAACAAAAAUGUAAGCAAUAUUCCCGCCAUAAAAUUUACUAAAAGUUUGACAAGAUCAGUGUGUCAUAAAUUCAACGCCAGUCACACAAAUCAAAUGGAUUCCUGGUUCUGAGAAUUUAUUCCUGGCAUCUCAUAUGGAUGGAUCUUUAAUUGCAUACGACAAGGAGAAGGAUGACGCAGCCUUCGUACCAGAAGAGGCUGGACCUGAUACUAAUGGCAGUGUUCCAAGUGAAGAGAAUUUAGACCCAACUUCAAUGCCGAAAGCCAAACUUCAGAUCGACAAAUCAGUCCAUUCAAAGAACCAAAAAUUCAAUCCUGUUUCAUACUGGAAGCUUUCCAAUCAACCAAUCAAUAAUCUCGCUUUCUCGCCUGACAACAGGCAUUUGGCUGUCGUGUCUGAAAACGGUACUUUGCGAAUCAUUGACUAUUUGAAAGAGCAGUGAGUAAGAUGCAUCUCCCUAAAUCUCUCAUGCUGACCCCCUUAGAUUACUCGAUAUCUACAAUAGCUAUUUUGGUGGCUUGACUUGUGUUUGCUGGUCACCUGAUGGCAAGUAUGUUCUUACCGGUGGUCAAGAUGACCUUGUUUCUAUAUGGUCCAUGGCAGAUUCCGCCAUCAUAGCUCGCUGCAUUGGCCAUACAUCCUGGGUUACAGAUGUAGCUUUUGACCCAUGGCGUUGCGAUGAUCGAAAUUAUCGUUUUGGUAGUGUGGGUGAGGAUGGUAAACUCUUGUUAUGGGAUUUUAGCGUUGGAAUGUUGCAUCGUCCCAAAGCCGUAAGUCCUCACUCCGUCACAUUUCAAGCUGGUGCAGCACAUGUCAGCUAAUGUUAAAUUAGGCCUCCGUUCGUCAAAGAGGUAGUAUCUCUUCUCGAAUGCCUAGUUCCCUUCAAAGAGUUGAAACUCAGGGCACAACAGCUACCGCCGGUCGAUUUCGCUCAAACUCAAAUCUUUCCAUCACCGAUGGACAAUUAGAUACGGUGGAUCAUCCAGUAGAACCAAGGGCAAAGAUUUCCAUUCUACCUGCCGUAUGCACGAAGACUGUUGCCGAUGACCCAAUUUGUUCAUUGGCAUUUACAGAGGAACAUAUUAUUACAAGUGAUAAGAGUGGUAUGGCUGUCUCCUUAUUCAUGUUUCGAUGAUUUUUUGUAGGCACCUGGAGCUAACACUAGAACAGGACAUAUCCGCACUUGGAACAGACCAAAGGAUCACGAAGAAGCUGAUGACGAGGAUGCUGAUGUGGUAGCACCAUCUCAAACUUUGUAAAUCAAUUACUAGAGCAUGAGCGUCAGGAGUAAAUAUGUGUAUAUUGUUUGACGGAGUAGUAGUCCCUCACUUCAGUUAAAGCUAGAUUUGGAGUUGUGGCGAGCUUGGGUAAAGAGUAGCUAGGCGCAAUCUUAGGUUGAAUUAGGUACAACGUCAUAAGGAAAUAUCAGAGAAUACUUUAAAGAAAAAAACAGAUUGUGAGGAGUGUGUGUACAUUGUUUGGCGUUGAAUAAUUUUAUCAAUACA